AUGUCAAGUUAUAUUUUGUUUGAAGAAAAUAACGAUGAAACACCAAGUAGGCUGAAAUUUAACCCUAUGGUCGAAGUCACAGAGUUUGAGCAAGAAGAAAGGGAAAGGGGGGGGAUUAGUGAGAUAGAUGGAAAAGUUCUAAGAAGCAGCAAACAUUAUAAGAAGUCUGGAGAUUGGCUUAAAGAAAGAGAAAAAGCAAUAAGUUUGAAUAGGAAAACGAAAAAUUCAGUUAAGGAGAGGGUCAAUUCAAAGCUUAAAUCGCUGUCUCCUUUAAGAGUUUCAAGCAAUUCAUGCUAUAGGAGAAAAGAUAAUGUGUCAUCUCGGAGAAGCACAAAUUAUUCUAUUAGGAUAAAUAGCAAAGGAAAAUCAAUGGUUCAAUCACCAAUGCUCAGGACAAGAAAAGGGAGGAUGAGGGAUUCAAUAAGGAAUAGCAUUGCUGCCUUGACUCAAAUAUAUGGGUCUAGAAAUUCAAAAUGUUCAGAAACUUUUCAAAAAUACUAA